GGUUUCACUUUUGACCCAGAAAUGGCGCUUGUGUUUCAAUAAUUGCGCAGGGAAAACAGCGAAUUUUGCGUAAAAAAAUAUAUUGGUCAAAUAAAGGCUUGUAGAAAGUGAACAAUUGUUUUUGGAUAUAAUUACAAAUAAUUGCUGUGUCGGGCUCCUCUGGAAAACCGAAAACUACAGGUAAAAGUAGCUGCAUCAUGUCUGCGGAGCCUCCUGUGAUUGAGCCGUGUCCGGACGGGCUAACCACUCAGCAGACUGCUCUGCUUACCUCCGAGUAUGAGGUGUUGCGGCUGGUGCUGUCACACCUGCCAUGUUCGCGACUGCACUCGGCUCGCGCUGUCUGCCGCGCCUGGCGCGACGUUGCCGACAUCAUACUGAAGAAGCGGCGCCUGGCCAGCUGGCAGCCACCGCUGUGGGACACGGAGACGGUACCCGCCGGCGAGCCUCCCGCCGAGGCAGCCAGCCGUCUGGUGCGCCGCCUGCUCGAAAGAUGCUACUCGGAGCCGGCGGUGGCGCUGUUCGCACAGUCGCUGAAGGGCUCGGCCGGCCGCCGCCGUCAAGUACCACGGAUCGAGCCGCUGCUGCCGCCCGGCUGCGCGGCCGCCGGAGUCAGUUCACUCUCCGGCUGCGUGGCCACGCCGGCCGCCGGCGCGCCGCUGGAGGAGCAGGCCGGGGACCGGCUGGGGGUGCUGCUAAUCCCCCGCCGGCCCGGCGCCCAGGUGGGUCUGUGUCUGGUGCGGUGUCGCUCCCCGGCCACUGUCGAACAGGUCCGACCGCAGCUUGAGGACGGCGCCUGGGACCGUCUGCGCGGCGCGCUGGUCUUCUUCAGCUCCCGGCGCGGGAUGCACACCGCCUCAGCCCUGGCGCGGCUGAUUCACAGCGAGUUUGGCGGCACGGUGGCGCUGGCCGGCGGGUGGGUGGACCUACUCUCGCCUCGAGCGCCCGCCGACGCCGCUCUGCUCGUCUACUUCAGCGGACCGGGCGUGCGCGGAGCGUCUGCUGUGGUGGACGAGCGUGAGGGCGGCACGCGGCCGCCACUCGACACGGCCGGCGCCGCCCAGAUGCUGGCCGAUCUGCGCUACCCCGCCGCCGACACCAUAGGCUUCAUGUCGGCGUGCUGCGGCCGCGGCGGGUACGCUUUCGUGCCGGGCUUUGAGGCGGCCGAGUUUGCCCGAGUGGUGCCUGACGUGCCGCUGCUGGGGGUGUUCGUGAAUGGCGAGCUCGGCGCGAUGACUGUUGGAGGUAAGAAGCACCGCUUCCCCACGGACCCCGACGAUCCGAUGAUCAUGUCCUAUACGACCCUGUUCAUGGUGGUGAACUUCUGCGGAGAGGAUGCUCGGGAAGACGACAAGAGCCGGGGAGAUCGGAACGGUGACAGGGCUGUGACGAGGAACUGAGCUUCCCGAACCGGGGCCAACCGGACGGCUCGACGGACAGAGGUGAGGACACUGCUGGGUGAUGCUGUGCUGUGUCUUGUGUUGGUGCAGUCGUUCUAAAUUGGAUGAUCAGCUCGAAGUCUCAGCUCAGUUAUACAGGGGUGUGAAAGAUGUCGGUUGAUUCGGUUAUAUUUCGAUUUAGUUAGCGUGGAUGAGCUGCAUAAAUGAACAGGAUUCGUCGCUUGGUGUAUGUGGUGAAAUGCGUUAUGAACGUCCGUGAUAUUUGUUAAUGUAAUAUUUACCGCAAAUCCUCCGAUUUGCGACUUUUGUCCGUGACCUCAAGCGUGACUUCUGAGCUGUCGGGUGUGUGCUACGUGAUCUUGCGAAUGCUGAGUUGUUUCCGGCUCGCCAAUGCCUCCCUGACACGGUGUAUUCAGUUUGUUUCUAUGACCUUUUUCGCUCUGGAUAGACAAACGAUAGACAAACAUGCUUAGUAGGUACCUAUAGCGUUUUAUAUAUUUUGUUUGCAAUGCUACCGUGCCAAUAAGUAACUGUACAACGCA